UGCUCCGGUCCCCAGCAAAACUGACUUAGAGGACCCGCCUGUUCCUCCUCACUCGCGAUCCGAACUCCAAAGUCAAAACCCUUGAGCCCAUGAUUUCGCUGAUUUCUUAAGGCAAAAUCCAAGUGUUGUAGUGAUACGCGCGGGCGUUUCGGUGAAAUUGUAGAUUCUUGGCCAUUGUGAUCUCGGGGAGACGCACGAAGAGGGGGGACUCUGUGGUGAAAGCCCAAUUCGGUGCGGUUCUGGGGUUCCGGAAGCGGCGUCUUUCGAGAGGAGGCGGCAGUAGGGAAAUGAGGGAUGUGGUCGUGGUUGUCGAAGAUUGCGUCCGCGUGCUUGGGCCCGAUCCGGAGGUACGCGCGUAUGAGGAAGGAUGAGGAUGGCAGCGACAAUGGCCGUGGCGUCGCCGACGACCUGCUCUGGUCGCGUGACAUUGGGCGCCACGCGGUGGGCGAGUUCUCAUUUGCCGUUGCCCAGGCCAACGAGGCGUUGGAGGACCACAGCCAGGUCGAGACGGGCGCAGCCGCCACCUUCGUCGGCGUCUACGACGGCCACGGCGGCGCCGAGGCUGCCCGCUUCAUAUCUGACCACCUCUUCGCACACCUCAUCCGACUUGCUCAAGAAAAUGGGACACUAUCUGAGAAUGUUGUUCGAAGUGCAUUUUCUGCUACUGAGGAAGGCUUCUUGUCACUUGUGCGAAGAACACAUUUCAUAAAGCCUUUGAUUUCUGCAGUUGGAUCUUGCUGUCUAGUUGGGGUCAUAUGGAGAGGAACGCUGUAUGUGGCUAAUCUAGGUGAUUCCAGGGCUGUUAUUGGCUGUUUAGGUAGAUCAAACAAGAUUGUUGCCGAGCCACUUACAAGAGAUCAUAAUGCAAGUGUGGAGGAAGUGAGGCAGGAACUUAUAUCUCGUCAUCCAGAUGAUUCGCAAAUUGUUGUUCUCAAGCAUGGUGUUUGGCGCAUCAAAGGCAUUAUUCAGGUUUCAAGGACAAUAGGGGAUGCCUAUUUGAAGAGGCAGGAAUUCGCUCUUGAUCCAUCUAUUACUCGUUUCCGCCUUUCUGAGCCUCUCCGCCGGCCUGUUCUUAGGGCAGAUCCAUCUAUCUGUACAAGAGUGCUUCGUCCACAAGAUAAAUUCAUUAUUUUUGCAUCUGAUGGUCUUUGGGAGCACCUGACAAAUCAUCAAGCUGUUGAAAUUGUCCAUGGCAAUCCACGAGCAGGAAUUGCAAAGAGACUAGUAAGAGCAGCGUUGAAACAAGCUGCACGGAAGAGGGAAAUGAGGUAUGAUGAUCUCAAGAAAGUUGAAAAAGGAGUGCGCCGCUUCUUCCAUGAUGACAUUACAGUAGUCGUUGUUUACAUUGAUCAUGCGCUCUUGCAAGAGAGGGAUGCUACUGUGCCAGAACUUUCAGUCCGUGGGUUUGUGGAUUCAGUCGGUCCCUCAGGGUUUUCAGGGGUUACCGCCCUAUCCUGACUUGCUAAUUUAGCAUCACAAUUUUGACGUACGGCAUUCCAGUACCAUUGAGCAUCUGAGUGUUAUGCUUCAUAAUAAGCCUGUUUUCAGUUUUGUUUUUGCUGAGUACUUCAUGGCACUUUGAAACGGUGGUUUACAACUCUACGUGGUCUAAUCUACUCAAAAUAAGCUCGGCAUGUCUAGUAUGAUUAAUAUGGUUGUGAAAUAUUUUGUGCAAUUGUGAGUUUCUGGAAUUGUUACUUUGGAACAUCCUGGGGCUAAGGCUUGGGUACUGGGCAACAUAGAUUGCCUACAAGCUCUGUUUGGGGAGAAUAUUAUUCUGAAUUUCCGAA